GUAGGUGUGUGAUGGAAAUACUUCCUCUCUUUCUCUCUCUAUACGUAUUUAUGUGGAGAGAGAAAGAGAGAGUCAAAGUCGGCAAACUAUAGAUGCAAAAAUUGUCAGAGUAUUGACAAUUUCACGCUGCAUUACAACUCACAAAAGUUACAAGCAUCACUCCUUUGUACAAAGCCCAAAUCACUCUUUUUCUUUCAUCGUCAUCCUCUCUCUCUACAAAGUCUUAGAGAGAGAGAGAUUCUCCCUUAAUUCUUUCAAAUAAUUUCGUUACAUUUUUUCAAAUUCCGAUUUUCGUGUUUCUUUUUUCUCGGCAAAUUUUGAUAUGAAUUACCCUUCUUGAUUUCUGUCCAAACAAGAAGAGUCAAAUAGAAACGCUGUAAGCUUAAUUUUAUGGAAUAUUUUAUUCUUUAAAAUCUUAAGUAAUUUCAUUGGAGGCUUCAAAAAUUCUUUAUUCUGGUCUUCAGUCUUUGUUUUUACCUCUCACGUUUGGGGAAGAGUAAAAUUCACAGUAGUCUCUCUCUCUUGAAAAAUCAAAACCGUACAAACAUAUCGAGCCAAAAGAAAACCAAAGCACAAUCAGUUGAUGCUCGCUUUCCACUCAUGAUGUUGCAGAAACCUUAGAUUUUUCCUCAGAAUCUCAGAAAAGAGAAAGGAAUUUCUCUGCUUUCCGUGUUUAACACUAUCCUUGAUUCACUCACUGAAUUAUUUGCUGCAAUUCUUCCCUCAUUUCUCUUUCAAGUUUGCAUCUUUCACCAACGCAUGUCUGCUGCUUUUCGAGCUGUGAGAAAUCCCACCACAAAAUUCUCCCAUUUCUCUCCAAGAUUUACUCCAUGACCAGAAAUUGUUCGUUUCCCGCAUUUUGCAUGCUCGAGGGAUUGUUCUAGAGAGAGAGAGAGAGAAAUGUCUGAAACUGCUAACGUUCGUUUAGUUCGUUGUCCCAAGUGUGAGAAUUUGCUGCCGGAGGUCACCGAUUUCUCCGUUUAUCAAUGUGGCGGUUGUGGUGCUGUCUUAAGAUCCAAGAACAAGGGUGUUGACUUGGACACAUUCUCUGAGAAGUCUGAUGAGGGCAGGAUCGGUAGUAAUCUAGACAAGCUUUCCGAUAGAUAUGAGACAAUGAUGAAUGUUUCUGAGAGGAGAGUGAUGGAGAUGAGUGAUGGCUCCGAAUCUGAUGUGAGGUCCAACGUUAGUUCUUCGAGUCGGAGGAGAAUUGGUAGGAAUGGUUUAGUUGAGGAGGAGAAUUGGAGUGUGGAGGAUACAAGGUUGAAUCAAAUCCAACGCCCCAAAAUGGCUGAGGAUUUGGUGAUGUUUCAUGACAAUGAGGGUGGAUUGAGGAGGCCGGGGGGCCGGGUUGCGUCUAGUUAUGAUUCGGAUGAUCCAUCUAGGGGAUUGGGAGUUGGGGAUGAUCGGGCCGAGCUUUUGAGGCAGUUAGACGAGCUCAAGUAUAAGCUGAGCCGUUCGGGCAAUUUGGAUGACAAGGGUAAGGAUAAGGCUCCCCUCGAUAGGAGGAUGCAUCCUCAAGAUCCUUACGCGUCUGAGAAUGAGGCGAUGAUGAUGCAGAGCUCGUUGAAAAGGCCACCUUUUCAGAGUCAGUACACCGAGCCACCUCAUAUGAUGCGUAGGCAAGAAAUGGGGGAGAAUGGUUUUUAUCCUCCAAGGUAUGGUCCAAGUCAUGUUCAAGGGUAUGGGAAUCCUCACUUGCGCCCGUCUGAAGCUCAAGGCGCGUUUCAGAUGCCCCCUGCUCGGGGAUAUGUGUCUGGACCUUACGUGGAUGAUGGAAUGGGUGGUUAUAUGGAUGCUCCUAAUUUUGGCCGGCAUCAUCCGUCUUGCUCGUGCUACCAUUGUCGUGCCAAGAGACAAGUUUCUAACCCGAUGAUGCAAGCUGCGCAUAGUGGUAAGUACUCGAAUGUCUCGGAUGAUAUGGUUUCGAAUUACCAGGAGAGUCACGGCUCGUUUGGUGGUUACAACCGUAGAGUUCAUGAUCAGCCUCCGUUGAGGCCUCGUACUUCCCAAAGUCAUGCGAGAUGGCCCAGUGAUGUGAAUUCCGAGGUGGAUGGUUUCGUACGUCGUCGGCCUGCUAGAGCCCAUUUGGUUGGCGGUGGAAAACACUGCAGCCCUGUAGCCGGUGGUGCUCCGUUCUUGACCUGCAACAGUUGUUUCGAGCUGCUGAUGCUGCCUAAGAAAGUUGUGAGCAAGAAUGGCAGCAGGAAGAAGCUCAGGUGUGGGGCGUGCUCGUCUCUCAUUGCUUUCGUAGUUUUAGGCAAGAAAUUGGUCGUUUCACUCGACGUGGAGGCUAAGAGCGCCCCUAUAAAAGUUGACAACGAGCGUGAUAUGCCAUCAAGGCAAGGCGAGGCUCAUCCGAGCCAAGCUAGGACAACCUUUUCAUCCGAGGAUUAUGAUAGUUCUGGUUAUGAUUUCCACUCCAUGGACAAGGAAGUGGCGCAAAUGGCUCGUCCAGGAAGAGAUAGCAAGCCUAUCGAGACAAGAAUCCGUCAGUCCACAUCCGCGUAUGCCUCUGAAGCCGAAGAAGAAACCAAAGAUCCCACCUCAGCUGCUGACGUUUCGAGAGAGGAUAAAGGGGUUCAGCCUCCUACCGGCUCGUCUCUUCAAGAUUACUUCGAGCAUUCGAAUAAGUUUCGUGUGGUGAAGGAUUCUGGCGAAGGAAACAGAAGCGGGCGCUCUGAUAUUACUGACAGACCGUUGCCAAGCAAGACAGUAGCUAAGCAGAUUUUGAGGAAAGAGUCCACAGCUACCGAGAUAGAUAUAUCGUCCAACGAGUUCUCCAACACGGGGUCCACCUUUGAGUCGAGUGAAGCUAGCAGAGGCGGUAGAGGAGCUGGCUCGUUCUUUGCUGGCAUUAUGGGGAGCUUCAAGGAUUCACACAGAUCCGAAGAAGCUGCUGCUGCUAAUGUGACUGUCAACGGCCAUCUAAUAUCCGACCGGUUGAUCAAGAAAGCUGAAAAAAUAGCUGGACCGAUCCAACCUGGCCAUUAUUGGUAUGAUUUUAGAGCUGGAUUCUGGGGUGCUAUUGGAGGGCCUUGUCUUGGCAUAAUUCCUCCGUUUAUAGAGGAGUUCAACUACCCUAUGCCAGAGCAUUGUGCAGGUGGAAACACACACAUAUUUGUUAAUGGUAGAGAGCUGAACCACAAAGAUCUGAAUCUGCUCGUAGGCAGAGGUCUCCCGAGGGAAAGAGACAGAUCAUACAUUGUCGAGAUCUCCGGCAGAGUCCUAGACGAGGACACUGGCGAGGAGUUGGAAAGCCUCGGAAAACUUGCUCCAACCAUGGAGAGGGUGAAGCGCGGAUUUGGCAUGAAAAUUCCACAAGCCGCGGCAUGAUCAUUUUUCGACUCAAAUGCUCGAUCACGUCUGGUACUAUACCUACCGUUGUCUUUUUUUGUCCAUUGCAAAAAAGGUUAAGAUUAAGAAGAAUGAUUGAUGCUAUGCAUAGUGGUGCUGCUCUUGUUGUUUCAUGUUUCAUGUUUGAGUGAUUGGUUCAAAUGUAAGAAAUAUGUGUAUUUUGGCAGUUUUGCAGAAAGUUUUUUGAUCUUGUGAAAUCCCCUUCCCUUUUGCCUUCUCAUUUUGAUUUUGUACAUGUAAAAGAUUAAUUUCAUGUUUUUUUUUUUUUUUUGGAAAUUGAUUCAGGGCAUAAGAAUUGUUUUGAUAAAGGAACAAGAAAUUGUAUGAAAGUGAUUGAUUUUUUAUGUUUA